CAAACGGACUUAUUUUGAGUCGCACGCAAUACAGAAGAGGGACUUUACAGUAGUUAUGACAGAUAAGGCUUGUUUUACCAUUAAUCAUUUCUGAAAUAUUUUGAAUCCAUGAAAACAUAAUACGGACUUCAACCAGAUUUUUCACCAGAAGAUGUUUUGUCGGCAACCUGUACAAUGGCUUCGACCUUGGACGCAGUUGUGUGCUCUCCUUCGACAGAGAGUUCACAAGUUAGCCUCGCUCAAAGAAGCCAGCGUUUUAUCCCCAAACAAAGUAAAACGCUUGCUCUACCCUCUGACAGAUAUAGAGGCAUACCUUGACAGCUCUGUGGAUAGGACACAGUUUCAUAUAUUUCAUCCCCAUGUAGAUGAUGUUCUAAAAGCUGAGAGGCUCUUUUGCCCCUCACCAUCUCAUAGGAUUGAUUAUUAUACGUCAGCAGAGAGGAUGGACCACUCACCUGCACUAAAACAACCCGAGGUGUGUUUCAUUGGCCGAAGCAAUGUGGGGAAGUCAUCUCUUAUCAAAUGUCUGUUUUCCCUGAGUCCUGAGGUGGAAGUCAGAAUCUCCAAAACGCCCGGUCACACAAAAAAGAUGAACUUCUUUAGAGUGGGCAAGGCUUUCACCAUCGUCGACAUGCCAGGUUAUGGACAUCGAGCACCCAAAGAUUUUGUGGAUAUGGUCGAACCAUAUCUCUAUUCAAGAAAGAAUCUUGUCAGAACAUUCUUGUUGGUGGAUGGCAGCGUUGGACUGCAAAAGACUGAUCACAUCGCCCUUGAGAUGUGUGAGGAGACUAGAUGUCCAUAUGUGAUGGUUGUGACUAAGAUCGAUAAAUGUGGUCGUGGCUCACUACUGACAAACUUACUGCAGUUUCAAGAUGUGAUUAAAACACAGACCUCGAGCUGCUUCCCCCAGCCAUUUUUGGUCAGUUCCCUCAAGUUUUCAGGGAUCUACCUCCUGAGAUGCUUCAUUGCUCAUAUAACAGGCAAUAUCCUUUUAACAGACACUUGUCAAACUUGAUUACACACUAGCUUUGUGUAAAACUGUCAAGUGUUACAAGUUAGAGAAAUAAAAAUCAAGAACGGCAGUUAACUGCAGUCAUAACAUUUUAUAGAAAGUAGUGUGAAAGGGGUCAAGGUCACUUGAUGAAAAUCCUUUACACUGUCCUUGCUAUCACUUCAUAAAAGGCAAUCUCGACAGUGGGUUUGUUUCCUCAAAGUUUAUCUUCACUAGAGGAAGAACAUGAUUAAGGUGUUAUCUAGAAUCAGAUCAUCUAAGAAAAUGACCAUGACAUGACACAAAUCUUCAUCAUUUAAGAGCUGCAGGACACAGAUACUUAAAAUUGAAAGCAUCCUUAAUGAGGAACAAGUACAGAAAGAUAACAGAUGGGGUAGAUAAAGAUUAGAUAAGACACGCUAAGCUACCUACAUCUAGUAUUUCAUUAUCCACUUGGUCGUACUACACAAAGGAAUCCAUGAAUGGACAUAUUUUAUGAGUUACUCAAUGAGUAAUUCAAGGCUGAAGAUUUAAAGGUGUUUCAAACAAUAGGUGAGGCCCAAAGUAAACGUUACUUGUUCUACACUUUAGAUUGCUACUAGAAACAGCAUUAGAGCAGUUCUGAGCUCAAAAGUGACAGCAGAAUGUAUUUCAUACUGGUCGAUACCAAUACAGUUUUUGCUGUGUUUUUCCCUUUCGCAUCGUUGACUUUUGUGGGCUACUAAACCACUCGUCGCGUCCGGUUUAGACCUCUGAGCCGCUGCUAUCUUCUAAAACAGGAGGUGUCAUGCUUCUGCAAACCCUCACAGAAGGAAAAUAAGGACACGAGCCUCACUUCUGAUUUAUGCCCGGGUGAUGUUAGCCCCAUUAGCUUUGCUAGCUCGCUUCAAGUCAUACACUGCAGUUCUCACUUGUGCGUUCACUGUAUUUACUUUUUAAUUUUUUUUUUUUUUUUAACACUGCACUUUUUCACCUUGCAGUACUUGGGAGUACAGUUUGAGUCCUGAACCAAGAGUUUGUGGACUCUGAGAAGAGGCCUUUAUUAUGCAAGUUUUAAUAAACAAAUGCUUUAACAUGAUCAUGAUAUUGAUCAUAUUCUCAAGGAAUUAUUAACUUUAAAAAAAAAAGAAAGAGAAAGUGAGUCCGUUGAAUUUACAGAAUACAUGCACGUCAUGGCAUUUAGGCACUUCACCCUAUUUUGCCGGUCCGUCCUCCGUCUGCAACCUGGGUCCCCUUCGUCAUCGACCCUCCGUCCUUAUUCCUAAAAUAAUCGUCUUGUGUUCACGUCCGUCCUCCUCCUUUUGAAGCUGCCAUUUGC